CUUCAUAUGUUUCGGAGGGUAUAAUGCAACAAAUUACUAGCACCUUUAUAACACAUAUUUACUCGAUGCGUUAUAAAGGAAACUUUUACUUAAUUGUUUGAAGCCCAGUUUUCUAAAUGCCUCAGUCUGUUUAUUUGCCGCGCAUGCGCUGUUGGAAGCCGAUGCUGUGUGUAGAAAAAUCAUGGCGGAGGCGAUGCAGACCGACAGUUUUCCUGUCUUACCUUCGGGACUGGCGGAGGUAGAUAAAAUGAUCCGGGAGCGAGGCGACCUGUUUUCUGACACCCAGUGUAAAGUCUGCAGCGCCGUCCUGAUUUCUCAGUCUCAGAAGUUGACUCAUUAUCAGAGUAAGAAACAUGCCAACAAGGUUCGGCGUUUCCUUUCCCUGGAAAAUGAGAAUGCCGAUCCGGUCAAGAAGCCCAAAACCUCCGACAACGAUUGCAAUAACGGAGACACGGACCGGCUGAAGGCGUGCCACCUGUGCAACAUGACCUUCACAUCUCCGGUUAUGGCCGAGUCUCACUAUCAGGGCAAAUUUCAUGCCAAGAGGCUGAAAAUGAAAGCUGUUGAAUCCCAGACUCCAGAAGCCUCUCAGUCUUCACAGCCGGUGGAGAAACCCGCCGACAAUUCAGCCGGCGGUUCUGAGACCGACAACAACAACAACCCAGAUCGCUUCUGCUCCACCUGCAAGGCGUCGUUCAACAACCCGCUCAUGGCCCAGCAGCACUACGCCGGCAAGAAGCAUAAAAAGCACAUGACCAGGCUAAAGCUGAUGGAGACGUACGGCCCCUCCACCGCACCAGCGUCGACACUAAACGGUUACCCCUGCACCGUCUGCAGCAUCGUGCUCAACUCCGUGGAACAGUACCAGUCUCACAUCAGCGGCGCCAGGCAUAAGAACCAAAUGAAGAAAGUUGGUCAGAAGUCUGGAGACGACCAACCUUCAGCUGUGGAGUCAAACCAGUUCACUGGAGGAGAAAACCAGUACUCCGGGGUCGACGGCCGGCGCGCGCCCGCAGACGACCAGUACCCCCCCGGAGACGACCAUUACGUUGCCCCUGACGACCAGUACGAGGGCGGAGACGGCCAGUUCGGGAACCACCAGUACACCCCGGAGUUCUCUGCGUUUUCGGACCAGUUCCAGUACACUUGAGGCCGGACUGGGAUUAAACUCUCCAAACAGCCCCCCCUUUAACGAACCAUCACUCCCAGUCCCUCCCAUUAAACUUUAGCUCCAGUAAACCAGUCUGGACUGUGACCCCCAUGUGCCCUCCACCAUUUCCUGUUUGUUUUUCUGAUGUGUGAUUUCUGGCGGGCCUGCAGAGCGGCGGCGCCGAGACGCUGCAGUCCUUCUCCCUGUUUUCUCUCAGAGUUCGGACAGUACCAUGAUUUUAGCUGCAGCGACGGAAACAGAAAGAAGCGCCGCGUUUUAAACGGUUGUUCACAUGUUCUUGAGGCGGGGUUUUGUUGUUUGCUCAUCAGCAGUCAGUAUCUUCACUUUGAAGCAAAGUUUCCUUUUCAGGCUGAUUUGUUGGGGACCGUGAGACCAAGUCUCAGGAUUUUUAACAUGUUUGCUAAUUUUAUGGUUUUGACAAGAAAAUCCAGUUCAGUUCAAACAUCCUGUAUUAUUCCCAGAGGGAAAUUAAACGUGUUGACUCCCAUCACUCAGUGGCUGUAGAUGUCGAUGGCUGCGGCUGUAGCAGUCUGUUCAACAGCGGCUCUGUAGAGGCCUCUGACUGAAGACGCUGUCUCAAACA